AUGAAAAAUUUAAUGAACAAUGAUCAAUUUGCAACGGCUGGUUUUAUGAUCAUGGCUCCACCAUCGGCACGAGAUCCUUGUUUGGUUAUUGCGGCCUGUUACACUGGGAAUCCUAACGAUGCGGCAUUGGCAUAUAAAGAUAUAUACGAUCUAAAAUCACUUAUCGCUAGUGGAGCGCCGGUACCAAUUCAGAAUGCAAGCGAUAGAGGAGAAGCACUCGCGGCUAAGGGAGACUUUAAACAAUUCGGUAUUGUUGGCCUGCAUCAAUUCGAUGAAGAAGCCUUCCUUCGGACAAUUGCAAUCUGGAAGGAGAUGAUUGCGGAAUGUUCAGAUGCAAUCAAUACUGCGUUCAAUUUUCAAUGGGAUUCUCGGCCCGUAAAGAGGCCAGAUGUUGAGUCAGCUAUGUGUCUUCACGACAUUAGGUAUUGGCAAAACAACUUCAUCUGGCAUACUGAUUCCAAGAACCGAUCGAAAGUAGAUGAAUUCAAUGAGCGGUCUAUUGCAAUAAUGCGCGGUAAUGAUGUGGCAAAUUUUGUAGAUUUUCAGAAUGGUACUCGAGUUGGACCUAUUGAGCGGAGAUUUCGAGGAAACGAAAGGCUUACUAAGUUGAUGGCCUUGAAGAGAGAUUGGGAUCCAAGAGGUGUAUUCACGUCCGAAUUUCUCCAUUGAUUUGCGAAUAUAGAUACAAACGACUGAUUCAACUUUGUCUUCAAAUUCUAUACACGAGGAUGUUGAUUGUGUGAUCACAAGAGUACUCAUCAAUAAGACACGAUCUAGUAGGUCUUGAGCAACUUAUUCAUUAUGCUAGAUCCUAUAAGUCUAACAAUCCGUUGAAGUUUAUAAUCGAUUCAGACUUAAAUAGUUUUUUGUUAAUUCAUACAUACAGUCAUAAUAGAGAAGCUUUUGUACCUGCAGCAACUCUUGGUGCCG